AUGAGUUCUAUGGACAAGAAGCCAGAGGGAGGGAACACUGGUACUGGUGACCACAACCAGAAGACAGAGUGGCCAGAGUUGGUGGGGAAGUCGGUGGAGGAGGCCAAGAAGGGGAACACCGAUACUGGUGACCAUCACAACCAGAAGACGGAGUGGCCAGAGUUGGUGGGGAAGUCGGUGGAGGAGGCCAAGAAGGUGAUUAUGCAGGACAAGUCAGAGGCACAGAUCGUAGUUCUACCGGUGGGGACAAUUGUGACCAUGGAAUAUCGAAUCGACCGUGUCCGCCUCUUUGUUGACAGUCUCGACAAAAUUGCCCAGGUCCCCAGGGUCGGCUAG